AUGAGUUGUGCUGUGAGCCCUGCACUGGACACCGAGACGACACAAACCCAUUCCGCUCAGCAAUUGGCUUUUGACGACUCUGUUUUUCGUUUACGCCUGACGCCCGCGGCAUCGGAGGCUUUUUACCUCGAAGAAUGCAGGAACCACAGUGUGAACCCCAACAACACCUUUUUGAAGCAGCUGCUUGCCGGUGUGACUGUGUUCGACUUCGAGAAUGGCUACCUGGGCGAGCGGGGCAUUGUUCCCAUCCUCUCGACACUGCAGCGGCUACCCGUGGUGGAGUUGUCCAUGCGGAACUGUGAGGUCACCACCGAAGAUGUUGAAUUGAUUCAAAAAACGUUUGGGUCGCAUGACACUUUUAGGAAGAUCGACCUGCGGGGCAUUACAUUGACAGUGGCCGCCGCCCGCCGUCUUCUCACCCUUGCUGUGCAGAACCCCCAUGUGACAGAGAUUCUGGUGGACGAGGAUACGCCAAAGUAUCUCUCCAUUCAGAAGCAGUGCUUUGCCAAUGCGGAAUUGACGGUAUUAGCCUCGCGGUGUCUGGUGUGUAACAGGCCCGUCAUUCAUUCCCCCGACCAGAAAAUUGAGGGUCGUCUCCUCCUGUCGCUUGGAGAAGAACUGGAUACCAUGCUGCCUGCCCAAACAGGGGUGGCUCUCCAGGCCAUGUUCCGUUGUAUUUUGGCCUGCUGUGAGGUGGAUGAUGGGGUCCUAUUUUUAUGCUCCGGUGAAUGUCGACUGCAUCUCACGAAAGAUAUUCUUACUGCAAUGCAUGCAGUGGUUGGCAAACGUUUCUCCGGUGAGCAGACCGCGUAUCCAGCGAAUCCCAUUCUUAGACGGUGUGUGGAAGGCAUUCUAAAGACACCUUUGGGGAAACCGGUAAAAACAGUAAACAACAACGACAUACAUGUUGGGGAUAAUUUACGGACGAGAGUUACGUGCAGCGAUAAGUACGACGUCGAUGAGGACGACGAAGAGGAUGAAGAUGACAGCAACGGAAGAAAUAUAUUGGAUGAGGUGGAGGAAGAAUGUUCUAUAUGUGGGGUCCAUGCAGUCUGUCUUCCGAAUGGGGGAUUGCAGGCGAUGCGUCGUGUCUGUAAAGAAAUUGCGGAAGGUUCCGUUUUGCGCCCAUCGGCGUUGUUCCGUCUUGCAAAGUUGAUGAUGCAGUACACGGAUAUUCGUCCCUGCUCAAAGAAGUGUGUGACGCAUCUUGUGAGGUUUGGUAUUUACGGCUACGGCGGCGUUUUACGACCCUCUUCCAAAAAAAAUGAUCAGUAUGUUUCUUUACUCGAUAUUCCACUCACAAACUUGCCUAUUGAAAAUUUUGCCGUCCUCAACUUCUCGGCGGCAUACAUUGAAGAACUGGACGAAGAAGAUACAACUUGUGCACUAACCGUUGCGAGUGCCAUGUCAGACAUGGAUGGUGUGGCCAUUGACCCUUACAUGGUCUUUGCGUUUGGUCGGCAUCUUGCACGGCUACCGUCUCAUGUGUUGGGGAUGGAAUUGCGUCAUGCAUGUGAAGCUGUGCAAGUUGUUGGGUGUUUGCCCGCAAGUUUGGGGCCUUUUGACCGAAGAAAAGAACGACCUCCACGAAGUCGCUAUGUUUCUUGGGAAAAAUGGAGUGAAUAUGCCGAUGUGGACAAUAUUGUGCGGGUUGCCUUUUCUCGACGACGGCAGGGAGUGUAUCUCAUUGACGGUCCACAUGGAAAUAUGUUUGACAACACACGAGCGGCUCUUUGGGCUUUUCGAAAGCAACGACGUGCGGUAUUAGUUGCCAUGAAGUUCUCUCUAGAGUGGCUUGCGUUUCCAGGAGGUGUGGUGAAGAACGAGUCACCAUUAAAGCGAGGUUUUCUGACAACAUUCAAGGUUGUUGGUCAGACGAACAUUGACAAUGCGUUUUACCUCAUUUGUCAGGGGAACUUUGGGCCCCGUGUUGGAAACAACGGCUUCUUCUACAUUCCGCGUGGAAUUUUUAAUUUAUACGUCACAGGUGAUGCGUACAUUUUUAUUGACGCCGGAGCAUACAUGACGUUACGGGGUCACAGACGAAACCUUUACGCCGCAAGAAUAUUGCCCAAAAAAGUCAUGGAGUUAGCGGAGCAAAUUCCACUUCUAAAGGAAGUGCAUUACUUAUGUAUUGAAGCCCUCAACUGGAAAACACGGCACCGCCUUGAGGUCACCAAGAUUGUGUUUGAGGCCCUUUGCCACCUUCCUCCUCCGAUAUUUUUUAUUUACCGCGGCUGCGACCGUGAUGUGGCGGAGACCCAGGAAGAACUUUUGAGGACGUUACGGAAAAUUGUUUUUAUGGGCAACUCGCGCUCACUUCUUCUAUUCUAUCUCCAUGAGGUGCUGGGGUUGAGGUCGGUCGAGUGGGUUCAUGCUCUCGUCCAGCAAAUAUCACAGUAUCCACCACUUCCCGUCUUACUACAGAAGCAUGCCGAGUGUCUGAGAGCUGCCGAUCUUGAGCGACGAUGGACACGAAUUCAGUGGACGUCGUUGGAAGCAGAGAAAAGUUUGCCAAUAAGGAUAGCGGCGCCAGCUCCUGAGCCUUCUCGACGUGGGAGGCCCUCGUCCAAACGACUUGCCAAGGUCACGGGUGGGAAGAAGUCGGGAAAGGAAGCACGGGAUGCAUUUAUGAAUAGACUGGAAAACCGCUGGAAGACGUUAAGAGAACGGAGGGAGUUGAUGAGGGGAGUUCCUAGUCUCAGUCGAAGCACCAGGCAGUCAACUGGCCAAUACCCUUUCGGGCCUGGCACUGCUUCGGUGUCCACAGCUCGAUCGAUGGCGUUGGAGAAUGACAGUGUUCCCCUGUCGCUUGUCGGUCAUCCAUGGCACUCCGUCCGUCUUACAGAGGCGGAUGGUAAAUUGACAGAUUAUGUUUUGUUUUUUAUCAAGGACCACACAUGUUGUUUUAACACCAAAAACCACACCAUCACAGAGCCAUUGCACCCCAUAUUGGAGAACCCUUUCACGUGUCGUUUCCCCUUUGCUACCGGGUUUGACUGUGUGUUGCACUCGCCAGUGAAUCCACGUACUGCAUAUUUCUUCUGCGGGGAGCAAUGGAUUGAGUGGGACACGUACUGGCAGACCUGCACAGGGGGGCCAUUUAAACUACAACUUCACCAGCAGUUUGCGGCGCUGCCGCAGGAAUUUUUUCGCAAGAUUGAUGCUGCUGUGCCCGUUCCAAAUACUUCUUAUGCCUUUUUGUUUUCGCAGCUUAUGUAUAUACUCAUGGACCUUGAACAGCGGCGACCUGUUGAUACCGUGAAACGUAUUGGCGACAUGACGAAGAGUGAGAAGAACCUUCCAACGUUUAACACAACUCUUGCACGGCUGUUUCCGUACGGGCCCAUGACAACAUUACUUUGGAGUGUCGAAAAGGAAAUCGAGUGCGACAAGAAGAACGAAUGGGAAGGAAAGAGAAAACCCCCUGAGACAGGAGGGGAAUUGGCCGACGUGGAGAAGAUGAGUGUAAUGCUGAUUGGAAGAGAGGGUCGCGUGGUAAUUGUUCACAGUUUUGCCCCUUCUGUGUCAACAAUGAAAAGCGAUGAAUACCAGACGGUUCCCUCAACCUCUUUAUCAAGACUUCCGCAAGCUCUACAGCAGAUGACAACUGCUGCCCUGCAUGGUGUUUGUAAGCAUGUUCUUGACGCGGAGUGCAAUCGAUGUGGCGUUGUGUUGAAUAAUCUGGACCAUGGAGGGCAACUGGCGGAAACUAUUACCAGCACACUCACUCAGAAACGGGAAGAAUUGAUGGAUCUCUUAUCUCUCACCAGGCAGGAUGGUACGUGCAAUGUGACCUCGCUGCUCUGUGAAGAGGUCGUCUUUGUUCAAACCGAGGAAAGUCUGCUUGGUUAUCUGCCGCAGGUGAUAGAGGUAGAUUACGGUUUCACGUAUCCCGUUGCCUUUGGCGCCCUUGUAGUCGUGCUAGAUACAACACGAUUAGAUUAUCGAGUGCUUCGUGUGGCGCCGAUUAGGGCUGUCGUUGAGAGUAGUGAUGACGGCAUUGUGUACGUUAAACACACGUGUUUUGUUCUUACACCUUAUGUCACUGCCACUUGUUGGGGUGACGCACACGCAGCGCGCUUUUGGCGUCUUCGUUUUAUAACACGAUUGCCUGUGGGCACAGGUGUGGUGCGACUUUUAUGGUAUGAGGUUCUGCGAGCACUUGAAGCCAUUCCUUUAGAUCCCAGUGUUCCGCUCCAACCGCAUCAUUCAAUCAGAGUCAACAUCACGGCACCUCAUAUUCUUUGUAAACCUGCGGAACUACUGAACUAUCUCGCUCCUGGAGCCGUCUUUGCAUCCUCCUCAAGUGAUGGUUGGUUAGAGAAACAUUGCAUUCUGCCGCUUCUUCCCGAUGGGGUAUUUUGUCUCUUUUUUUGUGGGAAAAACUUUGUUGAAUUGGACCUGAGGAGUAACAUUGUGGUUUCACACCGCACGAUCCCUCUCGCGAGCCACCCCGGCUUCGCUCAUUUACCAUAUCCCUUUUUAUGUGGGUUUGACGCCGUGUUUUAUCCCAAUCUACAAACCCCAUCUGUCGUGGCAAUUGUUCAUGGAAAGGAGAUUAUUUUGUGGAAUUUGAAGUUGGGCUCUGAAGAACUGCAGAGCAACCCAAAUGAUCCUAAUUUGUUCUUUAAGGGACUACCGUGGAGCAUGGAUCAAAUUGAAGACAUUGUUCAAAUAUGGGAUUGCCCCGGUGAAUUCUUUCUUAUACGCUCUCAACAGGUACUGCGCUGGAACAUUUUCACGGCGGAGGUUGUGGAGGGGCCGAUGCUUCUUCGGAACUGCCCCUAUUUAUAUCACAAGGAAUUUGACGGAAAAACGAUUUUAUGCGUUACCUCCUUCCCUAAAGAUCCCAGAUGCUUCUAUGUCUUCUGUGAGGAUCGUGUGGCUUUUCAAACAGUGACCGACGGUAUUGUGUCCGACCGCGUAGGACCAAUCUGUGUAAGUCAAAUGGAUUUAUUUAGCUCCAUGACGUGGUACCUGAAUUGGGGGAAGAGGCGACGCAGCUCCGUGAUUCACAUUGAUUUCAUGGAAGAACAGCCACUUCUGGUUGGAAUCGUAAUUCGAAGUUCCGAACCCUGUGAUGAGGAUUGGCUUAUUGAAUAUAGCGAUGAUGGGUUGGACUGGAAAACUGUUGGUCAUCACCUGCAAUCCUCCGGGCUCAGUCGCACAAUGUGGGGACUGGCGAGCGUGGAAUUUACUUCUCAUCGACUUUGGCGUUUAACCACAGAUGCGACGCAAAGUUAUUGUGUGAGAAAUCAACCGGUAUUCUAUAUGAGUGUCGUCUUCUACACUUUGCCCUGUACGCCGUAUUUGCAGUCGGCGCAGAAAAUUGCCUUGUCGGGUACAUUAAAUGGACCCAUCUCUGAGUUAUUUAUGAAGGGAAAAACAACAGUGGCUUUUGAGAGUUUAACGGAAUUUGCGAAUGAACAUAAUCCGAAAACACAUCAUGUGACGCUUGAGUAUGGGGUCUUGAAGUCCCCUAAUCUCAUGGCGUUUACCUGCCGGUGUGUGGGGGGUCGGGUAAAUGCCGUAUGGGGCGUCUGGUGUAGUGACGAUGGGAGCCGUUGGGAGCAGUGUGGGCUGUGGCGUAGUCGUUUUGGCCAUUUUAAAGCCUCGUGGAAACCCCGGGGCCCUCGACGGUACUGGCGCAUUGAACUGCAAACGUGGGAGCCCAACGUGUUGUUUGAGAAUUUCUACCUCUUUGAGUAUUCUGGUCCUUCCAUUGCUGUUGAGAAUUCAACACCGGUCGGGGAUGGAUGGGAUCCAUCGAUUCUGUGGGAAAAGAACUCCGCUGGAUGCAAAGUGACACCCAUGACAUUUUUGGCGCACGUGGGGACGGCACUGGUGUUUGAAAACAAGAAAGACUCUGCCCAUGUUGUCGGCGUGCGCCUGGUGAGUCACGAGAAACAAAGUACAUCCACCACGUUUGUUGUCGAAUGCAGUUUGGACGCUGUAGAAUGGCGAACACUCAAUGUGUUCCUUUUACUACGUAAUGGCUCCGCGCAAGCGGCAUGGGAAAGUGGCGAUUAUUAUCAGUUCUGGCGUCUUCGUAUUGUGCAGCACACAGGACCAUCCUUCCUUACACUUCGCGAUAUCUGUUUUGAAACUUUUAAGCCGACGCUGUACCGUGUCGUAGAGCCUAAAAAAGUGAAUGCAGAAAGCCCCGGCUUCGAGGUAUUUCACUUUGGAGCUGAGCCGAAAGAAAUGGUUGCUGUACAAGUAGUGUUGCCGCCUGACUCCGUGUAUAUCGUGGAGAAACUCUCACCUGACGGUGCCGCUUGGGAGGAAGUUGCGAUCAUCCAGAACAGUGACACGACACAAUCACGGACUGUGCAUCAGGGGUGGGUGCCGAGGGGGUCUUCUUCUUGUUGGCGUUUGCGUCCUGCUGUGCAGAAUUUUGAAGAGGGUUAUGUGGUGUCGCCUCCUUCUCUUUCCACGGACAUGAGCGCUCAGUGGUACAGUUUUAGUGGAAAGAUGCUUGUUUCCUCAAAACUGAGUGAUAUCCCAUCUGUAGGGGUUACCACGACCGGUUUUUUGGAGGUGCAGGCCCCUGGGCGUCUCACCGAAAAUAAAACGGAUACCGUGGUGCUACGCUCCAUAGGACAGCAAAAAGUAAUGACGGUUACAUGGUGCUUUGAGAAGGGCACAACGCCACUUUUUCAUCAAGUGUUUUUGAAGGGACGUAGAUUUACCGAUCUGAUCCGUUCAAUGUCUCUGUCGUCUCUUUCACAACACAAGAAAUCUACACCUACGAUGAAUUCAUCCACGAAAGCGUCAACACGUGCUGGGACGACUGUUCUUGCUGGUGCGUCAGAGGGAGAAGGGAAUGGCAACACUGAAGGAGAAGCUGAAGAGGAAAUGCAGAAGGAAGAAGACGGGAGCUGUAUUACAAUUGUGGUGGAGACAAGUGAGGAUGGCGUGAACUUUGUCCCGAUUGCAGAGCGUCCCUUCUCCCAACUGGGCAAUUCUCUUUCAUGGCCGACGAAUGUAGCCUCCUCGUACUGGCGGAUCAGGUUUAAAGGAAUUCGAGAGGAUGAGAACCUGGAGUUGCGGCAGGUCACCUGGUUUCAGGAGACUGGUGCCACUACCGCGUUGGCCCCACCAAUACCAUGCAUGGCCAGUCACUCGAUGUACAGCAAAUGGCAGGACGCCGCCUUCAAUUAUGAGGAAGAGUUCUGUCAGAAUUGCCGCGAAGGUUUUGAUCAAGCGAGAAGCGUUUUAAGUGGUCUUCGGGAACCAAAUGAUAUUGAGCGUCAUGGACGUUUGGCAAAGGGUGUAAUUCGACUGAGAGCGCGCUUUAUGAAUUUUGUUGCUAAGACUUCAAAAGAGGCUACAAAAGAAAAGAACCCACCUCAUGACAAAUUUGUCUCCAUUGGUCAAACAUUGAGCAAUGACAUCAUGUAUCUACUUUACAAAGCCACAAUAAAUUACGGUUGUAAUGUGGAUGAACUAAAUCAGCUGGUGGAACAUCCAAUGUUACUGUCUCGUGAUUUUGUGCGUUCGGCUGAUAAUAAUUCUUGGUUUUAUCCAAAAUUUUAUGAGACAGGUACAUUGGUGGAAAGCUUUUAUGGCUUUCACAACGUACGUGCCUCCCUUACUGUCUUAUGGAGUCUGUCAGUGCAGCUGCAGAAGAACACAGAUCUUCUUUUUCACCCUUCUAUGACUCCACUCAGUCCGCACCUGGCCUCUGUUAUUAUUACAAUAAAUAUUGAGCGGGACAACUGGAUCGCGGCGGAGCAUUUUCCAGAACUUCCACUCCUUUACUACGCGGGAUUUACAGAACGACCCAUGGUGAUUGUAUUUGCCCUCAAUCAGGUGAAAUUUACCUCCAAAUACAAUUUGACGAUACCCGGGGCAGCCUGCUUUCCUGCCACGUUUCCAUUUAGGAUACUUCCAGGGGUGAACUUUCUCCAACGCAUGCCUCUUACAGCCUGCCCAUUUCCUCUUUUUGAUUGCCUUCAAAUGAUAUAUUCGAAGGAGUUUCUUGGGAAUUACGAAACGGAAGUGGUGUUUACCUCGCCCUCGAUGCAUAGCAGCACAGGCCUUGUUUGCUUCACACUACCAGGAGAGGGUAUUAACUUUUCCAUACCCGGCUUGAAAAUUGAAAGCAUUGAAUUUGAGGUUCAGCUUAAUGUGGAGAGGGAUAUUGGAGAGGAAGGAGAUACCGCGGUGAUGGAGCAAACCGGUGCCGAGGAUGACUUUUCCAAAGUGACGUUUUUUACCCACAACAGUGUAUUUAAGGGUGCGGCUGAAGAUCCACCUGUACAAAUAACUCUUUUGGGAGUCUUUCAUCAGACCGAAGACCGAAUAGCGGUCCGUGGUGUGUCUCCCAGUGCGCAUGUGCCGGUUCUUUGUCGUUUCCCGGACGCAUUUAUCACGGACCUGAACAUCUCGUUUGAUCUUGUGGCUGGAGAAGCACCACAGUCAUUUGUGGAGCCUUUCUUCACGGUAGCGGGCACCCUGACGACACCGACAUGCGGCAGCUACGAUUGUCAGUUUUUUCAGGUACGCCUAAAUCGUGGUCAUGAGUCCAUUGCGCUGCAGGUUGUGAGUUUGCAGCUGGCGAAAUUCAUCCACCUUGGGAAUUAUAUGGUUAACUCUUUGUCUCAAGUGCAGAACAUGGAUUGGCUGCGGAACGUUCCUGUCGCAUGUUCAUUUAAUCUCAAGAUGUGCUAUUCUGAGUUAAGAGUUUUUGGAAGUGGAAAUAUCUGUAUUUUGGAUUUUAGGGGUGAUGCUUUUGCUAUUAUUUCUCCGGAUGGCGUUGGGAUUACGGCAACACUUCCCACCCUACGUUUUGGUGAUAUUCUUUUAAAAGGGAAGUCUGACAAGGAGUGUGUUGUAGUGAAUAUCGCUGCACCUGCUAGCGCCCCUUCCGUCAUACGGAUAGAUGGAUAUAGUUCACUUCUUGCAACUCAACCCUACCCGACGAAAAUUGAGAUAACCCAGGAAGGGGUCAUGUGCAUCUCUACCGGCGUUUUUUAUGACGUGUGUAUUGAGGAAGAGUCAUUUUUCCCAUCAGGAGCGUACGCACAGGUGACAAUAUCACGUGGGGCCAUCGCCGAUUGUCUUAGUGAAUUGUUACAAGAGACGCCUAUGAUAGUUGCCUUUUUGGCUACGGGAAUUCCUUUCUCAUUGGAGGUGGAGGAAGUGGUUGGCGAGGAGUGUUUGUUGGAAAGAAAACUUCUAUUCCUCACUGUGCGCGGUGUACUGUUUGGAUGCCGCUUUGAUGUGAUGACAUCUGUGUUAUCUCCAGAUAACACCAUAGAAGAAGCACGUCGAAUUUGCCAGGAUCUUAUUCCCCGUAUCGUGGAGCAGUGCGACGAGUCUCUCUGGGCAUCGUAUGAGUUGCUGGCUGGGUGCUUUUUGCCCCUGGACUCACCGGAGAGAGAGAGGGUUGCUGAAGAGGGAGGAAAGGGAGCAGUGGAUGAGGAGAGCGGCAAGAAGGACGAGGAAGCCGCGUUAUCCCCUACUGGGCAACCUGCGCCAGAAAGAAAUUCUUUAAAAGCAGAAAGUGGACAAUUUAUUGGAUACUGGAUCGCGUGCGAGUGCGAGGCGUUGGAUAAAGAAAUCCAAGAAGACUUCGAGACUGUGGCCUGUGAAAACCCCAAAUGGAGUUUCGUUUAG